GGGGAGGGGGGCGCGACUUCCGAGCCUUUGGCGCAUGCCAGGGCUCUUGCCAUGGGGCAGGUCUGGAGAGUUGUGGGCUUUUGGUGCUUCCUGAGGGCCGCAGGGGAGGACUGCCCAGAUGGGUCCUACCGCAGUUCACCAAUUGUGUUCAGCUGCGGCGGUGGCUUCGGCCAGGGCAAAGUCCUGCUGGCCGCAGCCAGUGAGAGCGCUCCGCUGCCUAUCCCCCUGGGUGCUGAGGGCUUUCGGGUAUCAGCAUCCUCCAGUGCUGGGCCUCUAAGCCUGCGGUUGCAUGAUGAGGCAAACAACAUCCUGGUAGCGUCUGAGCACCAUGGCUUGGUCAAUGGAUCAGCCCGGGCUGGCGUGUACAAGGAUGUUGGCGUCAUCUUCACCGGCAGCUCUGUCUCACAAGCAGACAACACCAGUCUUUAUUUGCUGGGCGCAGCGACCACCCCAAUGCAGCUCUCGCUCUGCAAUCUGGGGAACGUCUCGGCCAGCGUGACGCUGGCGUACACCUUCGAGCGCGUCUUGGACUGCACGUCCCCGCCAGCGGGCUGCAGCACGUACAGCGCCGGCAACGCCCAGUGGCAGGUGGAUGUGUGGAGCCAUUGGGCCUCUGCCCACUUUGAGAAUUCCACGGAGGCAUGGGGUGCCAUGGCAGAGUCCCACGCCGAAGAGCGCGGGGUGCCAUGGUCCUCCUGGCCGGAGGUCUGGGCCAGCUUCGUUGGCAACUCGACCGUGGUGGGCGAGGAGUGGCAGCCCGGGUUCCGGUACCUCGAUACUAGCCAGGAUGGCUACGUCUCGGAGGACGAAUUUGCGGCAGGCUUUGCCUUGUCAACAAAGAACAACCAGGAUGACACCGUCUCCAAGGUUCUCAGCGAUGCCACUGGAGUGGUGCGGUCCAAUCUUUGGCUUGACGGUUGCCUGGCCUUUGCGGUCAUACUGUUGGCGGCCCUGUGCUGCUACUGCAGAAGGUCGCCGAAGACCCGUGUGGCGAGGUCGGCACAGCUCUCGCGGCCCCCACAGGUGGCACGAGCAGGAGCUGCGCCGCCACCAAGUGGGGCAGAGAAGGCUGAGGAGAAGGGCUCGGGCCCUGAGGCCCAAUGCCUGGACUUCCCGGGCCCAGGUCCCCAGGGUCAGGGUCAGGGCCCGGGGCUGUGGCUGUUCCCGAACGUCGGGCAGGGCUUCGGGGGCUUCAGAGGCUUCGCGGGCUUCGGGGGCCAAGAGUCCUUUCGGUACCAGCCGGUUGCCAUGGAGGACAUGAACCUUGGAGUCCCGCGCGCGGCCUCCUUCGAGAGCUUCUCAGGGUGGCCUGCGCAGCAGACGGGCUCCUUCUCUAUGCAUCCGCAGACGGGUUCUUUCUCUAUGCAGCCGCCUCAGUUCCAACCCAACCAGUUCCAGCCGCACGGUGACAUGGCGUUCUCCCAGCGCACAGGUUCACCGCUCGGUUCACCGCUCGGUUCAUUUGGCACACCGGCGCCAUUCCAGGCCCCUCAGGCCCCUGAGGCCCAGGAGGACAUGUGGAGGUUCACGCCCAGCUUCCAGGUGCAGAUGCCGAGGGCCGAGGCCACCUUCCACGCACAGCCCGCGCCCGCGACGGCUCCCGGGCCGCCCGGGCAGCCCGGGCCUGGGCAGCCCGGGCCUGGACUGGCGCCUGUGGAGCCCUACGUCCCCCAGGUCACGGUGCAAGCCGGGGGUUCGCAACGUCUUUCCCAGGUGAGGCCUGUCAUGCAGGCAGAGCUAGCAGGGCCUGUUCAGAUAGAACUACAGGACGGUGGAUUUGGCCGCGACCACUGGGCUGAGCUGGCAUCCAUCCUUGCAACUUCGCCCCCCCUUUCGGCAGAGAUCAGACCUGCAAGAGUCAGGGACUGAAGGCAUAGCC